AUGUCGCCGACAUCGUAUUUGGGCCUGCGGGGCAAGUCCCUCAGCAUUACAAUGAGUCUGGUCGCUGCCACCGCGUUCGCGCUACAGGGAUACGACCAAGCCGUUAUGAACGGCUUGUUGACGCUGGAUACCUUCAAUGAGCGAUUCCCAGAGCUGAAGAAGAAUGCCAACGUGGAAGGUACCGCUGUCGCAAUCUACGAAGUCGGUUGUGCCAUCGGAGCCUUGGCCUGCGCCUUUGUCGGCGACGUCCUCGGUCGCCGUCGCACCAUCUUCAUCGCCGGAUGUAUUGUCCUCAUCGGUGUGACCAUACAGAGUAGCUCUUUCUCCCUGGGACAGCUGAUCGCAUCUAGGGUCAUCACAGGUCUCGGAGUCGGCGCCUUCACUGCCACCGUUCCUAUGUGGGUGUCGGAGUGUUCCAACGCCCAGGAACGCGGUCGCCGCGUGCUGCUACAGGGUUUCUUCGCCAUCGGCGGCGUUGCUCUCGCUUCGUGGAUUGAGUUCGGCCUAUACUUUGUCAAGAACAACGAGGUCAACUUUCGCUUCCCCAUCGCGUUCCAAGCCCUCUUCGCCCUUAUAAUCACUUCUCUCGUCAUGUUCCUGCCCGAGUCGCCCCGUUGGCUCAUCAAGCAGGAUCGGUUCGAAGACGCCAAGAAGGUCAUGGCCGCUCUCGAGGGCAUGCCAGAAGACGACGAGGUUGUCAACGAGGAGCUCUCACUCAUUCGCGACGCAUUCCUCGAGGAGCAGCGCCAAGCCGCAGCUUCUGUCUUCUCCAUGGGCCCCGAACGUCAAUUUCACCGCGCCGUGCUUGCGGUCGGCAUCGCCCUUUUGGCCCAGAUGUCGGGCAUCAACGUCGUCACUUUCUACUCGACAACCAUCUUUGAAGAUCAACUCAACUACUCGCCCACAAACGCUCGAAUCUUUUCAGGUUGCAUCCAGAUCUGGCAGUUCAUAUGUGCCGGUAUCGCGGUCCUACUCAUCGACAGAUUCGGCCGAAGGAAGCUGCUCAUGGCCGGUGCCCUCGGCAUGUGCGUAGCCCAGACGUCCCUGGCCGGACUCAUGUCUGACCUGUCCAACAAGGCUGCGGGUGAGGCUGCCAUUUUCUUCUACUUUGUGGCCAUGUUCUUCUUCCCCGUGGGCCUCUUCCUCGUGCCGUUCAUGUACGCGGCCGAGAUCUCGCCUCUCAACAUUCGCCACCAGGUAACCGCCAUCAGCGCCUGCACCAACUGGCUCUUCAACUUCCUCGUCGCCGAGGUCUCUCCCCACGCGAUGGACAGCAUCGGCUACAAGUACUACAUUGUGUUUGCAUGCAUCACCCUCUUCACCUUUGUGAUGCUGUACUUCUUCUACCCCGAGACGAAGGGCCGCACUCUGGAGGAGAUUGACGACAUCUUUAUUCAAUCCGCAAACAUCUUCGAUCCUGUCAAAGUCGAGAAGAAGAUGCCACAAAACGGGCUUGCUUUGGCGUCACGAAUCCAGCACAUCCAUGAUGAGGAAAAGCACGCAGCGCAGCACUCGGAAAACAUAUAA